AGAGGUACAGUCAGUGUUAUUCUGUACAAAUGUUCCACAUCGAUUUUUAGCAAGCCCAGUCCUCUAUUAGAAUUGGUUGAGGCAGUCUGCGCCAUGUUCUUGCAUAGAACGUCCAGAGAUGGUAUGCUGAGACAGACACUCAAGAACUUUGUCCUAUGUUAUCGUCGAGAUGAUUGGCUGAUGUUGUUGUGACGUCAGCGGGGUGAGGCCGCUUUGCGCAUGAUUAGAAAAGUGAGUAGUAGUGAAGUUGUCAGCUGUGCCAGUCCAGUAAAGAGAAGUGACUAUUGGAGCGAAUACACAAUAAGUGUUUAGCACAGUAAAUGUGAUUGAUCUUUAAAAGCAUCACACCCUACUCGUGGCUAGCAUGCACGCUGCAUGCAGCGAACUCAUGACGUCAGUGAAGUGUACACCAAGACAAUAUCGGACUGAUUAGGAAAAAGCCGCAACAUGUCGAAAUUCGUUCUUAUUUAUUGCUCUCUUCUAAUAGUUCUAGUGAAGUCGCAAGAUGCAUCAUCAAACAAAGAAAGGUGUGAAGAGAUAUCGAUACCUAUGUGCCGCGGAAUUGGGUAUAACUACACAUCCAUGCCCAAUCAAUUUCAUCACGACACGCAAGAAGAAGCGGGAUUGGAAGUACACCAGUUUUGGCCUUUGGUGGAAAUUCAAUGUUCCGAUGACUUAAAAUUCUUUUUAUGUUCUAUGUAUGCACCCAUCUGUAUGGAAGAUUAUCCCGGGAGAUUGCCCGCUUGUCGUUCUGUAUGCGAGCGAGCACGAUCCGGAUGCGCACCCAUUAUGAGACAAUACGGAUUCGCUUGGCCGGAGAGAAUGAAUUGCGACGAUUUACCGAAAUAUGGCGACCAGGAACGAUUAUGUAUGGACGCGAAAGAAGGAGCACCUCCCGAACAACCCCCGUCGAUAGUCCAACAUCCGAGAGCCAAGGACGGACGCGAGAGAAGACCGUCUUACAGAGGUCGACCUCCAUACCGUAACAGAGAUAGGCACGAUCUUUUACCUGGUAAACGUCCUGCUCGAAUUCCAGUACAAGGAAUUGCAGAUUCCGAAUGUUCUUGUGACUGUAGAUACCCGAUGGUGGCCAUAGUCGAAAUGGACGAUCGCAGAUUCUUCAACAAGGUGAUCACCGGCGGUGUGAUUAAUUGUGCCACCCCGUGUUUCAGCCCUUACUUUAACAAAGACGAACAGACAUUCGCAACUUUCUGGAUCGGACUGUGGGCAAUUUUAUGUUGUAUCUCGGCGAGUUUGACGGUACUCACCUUCCUGAUCGACAUGCAAAGAUUCCGUUAUCCCGAACGUCCCAUCAUAUUUUUAUCAGGAUGUUACUUGAUGGUGUCGAUCGGUUACUUAGUUAGAAUCGGUUUGGGGCACGAAGCUGUUGCGUGCGACGGACCUAUCAUCAGAUAUCACACCACGGGCAGACCGGCCGCUUGCACUAUUGUGUUUCUACUAAUCUACUUUUUCGGUAUGGCUAGUUCCCUGUGGUGGGUCAUUCUUACACUUACCUGGCUUCUAGCCGCCGGUCUGAAGUGGGGCAACGAAGCCAUAGCCGGAUAUUCCCAAUACUUCCAUUUAGCAGCGUGGUUGGUACCUACCGUCAAAUCAAUUGCCAUUUUGGCAAUGGGUGCCGUGGAUGGAGAUUCCGUAGCAGGGAUAUGCACGGUAGGAAAUCAGAACUUGGAUCAUCUACGAGGCUUUGUGAUCGCUCCUUUGUGUGUCUAUUUAUUAUUGGGUACUUCGUUUCUUCUGGCUGGAUUUGUAGCCCUCUUUCGAAUAAGGAAAGUUAUACGACAACAAGCAAGAGCAAAAGUCGAUAAAUUGGAAAAGCUGAUGAUUCGUAUCGGAAUAUUUUCUCUGCUUUAUACAGUGCCUGCAACUAUUGUAAUCGGUUGUUACGUCUACGAGCAAUAUUAUCAAGAAAUGUGGGAUCGAAGACACAAUUGCCCCUGCACAGGUCCAAAGCAACGUCCCGAUUAUUCUGUCUUCAUGCUCAAAUAUUUCAUGUGUUUAGUCGUGGGCAUCACUUCCGGAUGUUGGAUUACUUCUAUCAAAACUCUAGACACAUGGAGACGUUUUUACAGUCGAUUGUGCUUUCGAUCUCACGGAAGAGCUAACGUAAACGGCCCAGGACUAGCCGAACAGCAACUGUCACAUCCCAGGACGUUCAAACCACUCAGUCCAUCUAGUCACGUGGGACACGUUUCCACUCACAGUAAACACCUUCCAUUGAGUCACGUCUAGGCUCCGUUCGAAUUCACUAAUUGUAAAUACAUUUCUCAUAUCACUGUACAUAUCAGUUGUUGAAGAAGGAAGAAACAAGUAAAACAAAAUUACAAAAAAUCCAUUUAGUUGAACGAAUAUCUCAGGAUGCUAUUUAAAAAAAAUUAAAGAAAACAUAAAAAAAACCAUUCUUUUAAUCGAGUGGGAUUUUUUAUUAUUAUUAUUAUAAUUAUUAUUAUAUCCCAACCAUUAUCCUGGUUUUCCUAUUGGUGACGUCGCAACGUUAGGUUGUAUGGUAAAAAUUAGUGAGAUUUGAAGUAUACGUGUACUCGUCAGUUUAAAAACUAGUCCAUAUUUGGCACAACCUCUACGUCUCGAAACUGUGAUGACUUAUUAGAACACUAUCCUUUUCUUCUCUUUCUCUUUCUCUCCAUUAGUGUCUACUGAAAAGAGCCACAGAUAUUUAACAUAAAAAAAAGGGACCAAAACUGUUUGAAAUAAUGAAAAAUAAAUAAAAAUAAAAUAAAGUGACAAUCUUCGGACACUAAUGUAUAUAUGGACGAGAUGGAUAGUAAAGCGUUACAUAUAAUGUUUUAGGGUAGAAAAGUCAAAGUGUUAGUCCUAUUUCUAGACAUCCGACAUAGUUGGCGACGUGCCAAAGACCAUGAUGUCAAUGUUUUUUCAAAUACUUCACCCUCCUUUUGGCUUUCAUCCCCCCUCCCAAAAGAUUUUUUCUUAAACUCCUCUCGCCUUUCUAUGACUCUAUACAGUAUUUCCUACUUUUCUAAAAUGAUUAGUGUUUGUAACUAUGUGUGCUAUUUAAGCUUAAAAACAGGGUAAAGAAAAAGAAAUUCUUUUUUCGACUAUUGUAUUUGUACACAGUAAAAUAAUAAUAAUAAUAACAACAAAAAAAAGAAAAAAAAACCAAAAAUACAUUUUUGCUGUAUGGUUAUAUAUUGUAUAUAGAUUCUGUAUUACGCCUGCUUCGGUGGAUUAUAUAAGAAUUUAGAAGAACGAGCAGGGUUUUUUAAACAACAACAACAACAAAAAAAAGCGCUAACAGGGUAUAUAUUGUAUUCACUUUGUUCUCUGAGUUGUUGUGUUGUGAGAAUGUGGUUAAAAUGUUUGUUUAUAAAGAUUUUUGUGAACUGAAUAA